AUGUCGACAGUGGGAAAUUCGACAAACAUAUUUUGGCAAGAAUCACCCAUUGGGAAAACUGAAAGGCAUAAGUUGCUAAACCAGAAAGGUUGUGUGGUAUGGAUCACAGGGCUCAGUGGCUCAGGGAAAAGCACAUUGGCUUGCUCGCUUAGUAGAGAGCUGUACACCCGGGGAAAGCUAUCAUAUAUUCUUGAUGGGGAUAAUCUUCGUCAUGGUUUGAACAAAGAUCUCGGUUUCAAGGCAGAAGAUAGAGUGGAAAAUAUACGAAGGGUCGGGGAAGUAGCCAAACUGUUUUCGGAUGCUGGUUUGAUCUGUAUAGCCAGCCUCAUAUCCCCUUACAGGAAAGACCGUGACGCUUGUAGGGAAAUGAUGCAGGAUUCAUCUUUUAUCGAAGUUUACAUGAACAUGUCUCUACAAUUGUGUGAAGCAAGAGAUCCUAAAGGCUUAUACAAGCUUGCACGUGCAGGAAAGAUCAAAGGUUUCACAGGAAUAGAUGAUCCGUAUGAAUCUCCCUUGAACUGUGAGAUAGAGUUGAAAGAGAAAGAAGGAGAGUGUCCUUCACCUGUAGCUAUGGCUGAGGAAGUCAUCUCUUACUUAGAAAACAAAGGCUUCCUUCAAAGCCAGUAA